AGUACGAGGGAAACGGCGCCGUAAUUCCCGAAGGUGGAAGCACCACAGUUUCACAGUUAAAUUGGUCACUUGCGUCUAGGGUUUAGGGCAACCUUCAGGGUGAAGAAGAGCGGCGAAUUCAGCAGCAGAUAACAUGGUUCUCAAGACUGAACUCUGCCGCUUCAGCGGUGCCAAGAUAUACCCUGGCAGAGGCAUCAGAUUUGUCCGCUCAGACUCACAGGUCUUCCUCUUCAUCAAUUCAAAAUGCAAGAGGUACUUCCACAACCGCCUGAAGCCAUCAAAGCUUACCUGGACUGCUAUGUACAGGAAACAACAUAAGAAGGAUAUUGCGGCCGAAACUGUAAAGAAGAGACGCCGGACCACCAAGAAGCCUUAUUCGAGGUCUAUAGUUGGUGCCACAUUGGAAGUUAUACAGAAGAAAAGAACUGAGAAGCCAGAAGUCAGAGAUGCUGCACGUGAGGCUGCUCUGCGAGAAAUCAAGGAGAGGAUCAAGAAAACAAAGGAUGAAAAGAAGGCAAAGAAAGCAGAAGUGACGGCGAAGGCACAGAAGACCACCAGGGGUAACUUGACCAAGGGUGCGGCUCCAAAGGGUCCUAAGCUUGGUGGUGGUGGUGGAAAACGGUGA